AAUUAUAAACCGAUUUAUACAAGCAAUCGGAUGAUUUUGGAAUCAUUCGUUUCUGAAAAUGACUUGGAGACAAUUAAUUUGGAUGUUGACAAUAGGUGGGACAAAUUUUCGGAAUCACCAGUAGCAAAACCAAUUCUUAAAUCUGUGAAAUUUAUUAAAUCUAUUUGGAAAUAUUUUUAUAUUGAGAUACCUUCGAUGAUUCAUGAUUACAGAACUUAUAAAGGAGAACGUGUGGAUCUUAAUAUUUUUCGUUCAUUUCUUUCUUUGAUAAUGGUGUUGGUCUGUUUAGUCGUCACUAUUCCCGUAGUUAUUAUUGCAUGUAAAAUUCUUUAUAUUCCAUUAGUGAUAAGAUUUGUAAAGAAGAUUUGGACAAAACAUUUUGAAUAUAUUAGCCUUGAGAAUAUAUACAAUGCUAUAAUAACUUUGGUAUUUUUAAUCUUUAUGACAAUUCUUUCGCCAGUGAUCGUAUUGGUUGGAGAAGUAGCAAUUAUAAUCACUGUAUUUUUUGUAUCAUUAUUGGAAAUAUGGUGCGUUGGUCUUUUGUCAGUUAGGGCUGGAUUUGAGAUGAUUGAAUGGAUCUUGAAUCACUCGUGUAUAUAUGAACUUGCUGUCAUAAAUAAAUUGAAAGAAGUUGAACUUGGUUAUUUAGUAAAGCUUGAAAAAAAAACUACUGGUGAUUAUUUAAUGUAG